AUGCCAGCCAUGGAUCUUGACCGUAACGACGUCGCCAACACGGCUGAGGAAAUCUCUCCUAGACGUACCUUCACCCUGAGCCCGCCAGGUACCGCCGCCGAACCCUUGUCGGCCAUACUCAAGAGCGACUUGAUGAAGAACAAGAGAAAGAAAAAGAAGAAGGGCGGUAUGGCUCCCGCGGCUCCUGCCCAGAAUGUCAUUCGAGGUUUCGAGACACCUAUUACAUCUGGUGGAGAAGAGUCGGACGUUUCGACCUGUCCUUCACCACUCAUGACUCCACGUGUGCGUGGUAUGAACGGUUCAGCCUACAGUCCGAGACUCAGUGCCUCGAGCGGCUCAGGCAUCAGCGCUCUGAAGACGCAACUCGAUGCUCUUACUCUGAGCCGCCCACCUUCUGCUCCCUUGAUGACACGUGAGAAUAGUACUGCCUCCAACUUCGACAGCACCCCGACCAUGUCCUCGGCCGCUAGUGAGGUUGAUGCGAAAGAGCUGGAGACCUACCAGAUCGACCUCGAACACGACUUUGCCAGCGCAGACGCUUGCUCUACUCCCAGACAUGCCUUCCCUGUCGAGGGCGGACUCCGCACUGAGUCCGUCUUGCGCAAGAUGACCGCCGACGACUUCGAACCCCUCAAGUGCUUGGGCAAGGGAGCCUUUGGCACAGUCCAUUUGGUCAAACAACGUGCCACUGGUCGCCUGUUCGCUCAGAAGCAGUUUCGCAAGGCUUCUCUGACCGUUCACAAGCGACUUAUCGAGCAGACUCGUACUGAACGCAGUAUUCUCGAGAGUGUCAAUCGCCAUCCCUUUGUCGUCAAGCUCUUCUACGCUUUCCAAGACCAUGAGAGACUCUACUUGAUCCUGGAAUAUGCCCAAGGUGGCGAGCUUUUUACCCACUUGGCCAUGGAGCGCAUGUUCACCGAAGAAGUCGCCUCAUUCUACAUGGCAGAAAUGGUCCUCGCUCUUGAGCAUUUGCACCGCAACGUCCGUGUUGUCUACCGUGACCUGAAGCCAGAGAAUUGCUUGCUAGAUUCGGAUGGCCACUUGCUUCUUACUGACUUUGGUUUGUCCAAGGUCGCGCUUGAAGAAGACUCGUGCAGCUCAUUCCUUGGCACUGUCGAAUACAUGGCACCUGAAGUCGUUCAAGCCACUUCUUAUGGCUUCGCUGUUGACUGGUGGUCGCUCGGCGCAAUUGGUUUUGACUUGCUUACAGGAUCACCUCCUUUCGGCGGUAACAACAAUGCAAAGAUUCAGCAGAAUAUUCUGAAGCAGAAGUUGCAACUGCCUUAUUUCCUUGGUCCCGAUUCGAAGGAUCUCUUGACACGACUCUUGCGUAAAGAGCCCAACAAGCGUCUUGGGGCCAACAUGCCGAAAGACCUCGACAUUAUCAAAAAGCACCGCUUCUUCCGCAGGAUUGACUGGAAAAGGCUUGCAAAGCGCGAGUCGGAACCUCCCAUCCGCCCUCUCAUCACGGAUCCGGAACUGGCUGAGAACUUUGCCAAGGAGUUCACAGAUCUGCCCAUGUCUCCAGCAGAUGAGAGAAAGUCAACUAUCAUGCAGGAUUCUACCAUGACAGGCAUGGAGAUUGCUUCGAGUACGAAGGAACUCGAGUUUGGAUCCAAUCCGUUUGGUGGCUUCAGUUUCGUUGCCAGUCAGAGUCUGCUCGACAAAGUCGAGUUCAUGUGA